AUGGCAUUGAAAAAUCAAACGGGCUAUGUGAAUGAUAGUAUUGGUAUUAAAGUAGAAGGCGAGUUAGGAGAUUUCCAAAUAAUUGAAGAAAACAGCGACAGUGAUGAUGAUGUCGAGAUAGAUAGCAAAAGUUCAAGGACGACUGGCGCUCUUGCCACCAUCCCUUCAGUCCCACCAAGUUUAGUGAAGCCAAACAGUAGUCCAAUACAGGGCAAUGUGGCAGUUAGUAACUCUGAGAAUGUUGUGAUUGGUAACAACACUUAUUUCAAUGGACCUGUUAUUAUCAAGCAAGUUAUACAAAAUGCACCAGGUUUAGAGAACCCUUCUUAUGUUAAAACUGAUGAUGAAGACAUUCCUACACAAAAGUAUGAGAGAGAAACAAAAAAUAAUAAAUCUAUCAAGAAGUUUCAUAUAAGAAAAUGGCACAAGAUAACUUUUUCAGCAGUAUGUGUAGUAAUACUUGGUGGCAUAUUUGCAAUAUUGUCAAUAAUACUUAGCAAUUCUACUCAGGAUGAUAUUAGUUCUUCUUCGCCAAUGUCUGAGGAAGACAACACCUCAAGGACACCAAACUACACAAAGGUGGUGGGAUUGUUCUAUGAAAACUUAAACUUAAUUAUAUUUACAAUUAUAUUGACGCCAUUAACAUUCCUGUUGAUGUUUUAUACAUUACUAACAUUGGAUGACUCUGGUGAUAAGAGUGUGGUCACCCGUAUUGAGAGGCAUAGGAAAAAGAGAGACUACGAAGCGAUAGAGGAUGAUAGUGAUCCCUACAUGAAACCUAUCAAAGCUAAUCCGUUGUUGAUAGCACCAGAUCACCUUAGGAUAGUACCUAGAUCUGACUGGUUAGCACAACCAGUCGAGAAGCAGUUAGUUAAGAUCAUACAGCCCGUGCCCUGGGUCAUCAUAUCGCACACGGCUACUGAAAGUUGCAAAACACAGAGUGAAUGUGUUCUGCGCGUGCGGCUCAUACAAAUGUUCCACAUUGAGUCAAGAAAGUGGGACGACAUCGGCUACAACUUUUUAGUAGCGGGCGACGGGUCCGCGUACUACGGCCGCGGCUGGGACUACGUCGGGGCGCACACGAUGGGCUACAACCGGUACAGCAUUGGGAUAAGUUUCAUCGGAACAUUCAACAAUGAUCCUCCUCCUCAGAACCAAAUAGACGCUUGCAUCAAGCUGCUCAAACGGGGAGUAGCAAUUGGUAAACUCGCGAAAGACUAUAAACUGUUUGCACACAGACAACUGGCGUCUACUCUUAGUCCUGGUGACAAGUUGUACGAUAUUAUAAAAGAAUGGCCGCACUUCGUUACGAACGUUACAAACCCCUCUGAGUUAGUCCCGAAAUAUGAUUGA